AUGGAACAGAGGCAGUCCAUUAGGAUGGCUUGUUUCUACCUAGAGCUCCGAGACACACCUCCCAAGUCCAAGCCAGGUUCUGGGAAGAAGCCCGCCCCUGCCCCAGGCGCUGCCAAGGGCGCCGCAAAAUCGACUAAAAACCCUCUCUUCGAGGCCCGCCCUCGUAAUUUCGGCAUCGGACAAGACAUUCGUCCCCCGAGGGACUUGACUCGUUUUGUAAAAUGGCCUGAAUAUGUCCGGCUCCAGCGUCAGAAAGUCAUCCUCAGCCAACGUCUCAAGGUCCCUCCCGCGAUUGCCCAGUUCUCCCACACCCUGGACAAGAACACUGCAACUCAACUUUUCAAGCUCCUCAACAAGUACCGUCCUGAGACGAAACAGGAGAAAAAGACUCGUCUUGAGACCCUCGCGGCGGCCACCGCGGAACAAAAGGAGGCUGCCAAGGACAAGAAACCUCUGUUCGUCAAGUACGGUCUCAACCACUGUGUCGCUCUUGUUGAGGCCAAGAAGGCCUCGCUGGUUGUUAUCGCUCAUGACGUCGACCCCAUCGAACUUGUCGUCUACCUCCCUGCACUUUGCCGUAAAAUGGGUGUUCCCUAUGUUAUCGUGAAAGGGAAAGCUCGUCUUGGCACCGUAGUUCACAAGAAAACUGCGGCUGUCCUCACCAUUCAAGAGGUCAAGAGUGAAGACCAGCGCGAACUAGCAACGCUGGUUAAUGCAGCCAAAGCUAACUUCACCGACAAGUACGAAGAGCAACGUCGUCAGUGGGGUGGAGGGCUCCGCGGCAACAAAUCUACCCAGAUGCUUCGUAAACGUGCGAAGGCUGCCGGUCAGAAUGUUAAUGCUCCAGCUCUUGGCAAGCUAUAA